AUGUCUUGCCCCCUUCCUCUCCAUACUGGAAACUGCGUCCUUAAUGAUGCUUCUCUACAGCUCGCGUCGCCCCCAGUUCACGAGGAAACGGUGGCGGCAGGCGCGCGUUCCACUGUGUCACAGGAGGUGGCGCGUGCCGGGCCGGGCCACGCAGCCACGCCGCCACACCCGGCCUCCCAACCCGGCAAGGGCCGCCGUGGGGAGGGCCCGCCUUCCCCUCCCUCUGCUCCGCCCCCGGAGGUCAGGGCUGGGGUGCCCCUCCCCCGCGGAGCUCCGCAAGGCCUCGGAGGGGCCACGGCACGGCACCGGCUGCUUCCGUUCAGAGGAGGGAGGGGUGGGCAGGCCCUGACGAAGAGUUCUCAGCUGAGAGGCGGCGGGCGGGGUCACCAGCCCGGCUCUGCAGGCCCCGACCUGGGAGCGGACACCAGGCCCUGUCCUGGGAGCGGACACCAGCCCGGCUCUGCAGGCCCCGACCUGGAAGUGGACACCAGCCCGGCUCUGCAGGCCCCGACCUGGAAGCGGACACCAGCCCGGCUCUGCAGGCCCCGUCCUGGGAGCGGACACCAGCCCGGCUCUGCAGGCCCCGUCCUGGGAGCGGACACCAGGCCCUGUCCUGGGAGCGGACACCAGCCCGGCUCUGCAGGCCCCGACCUGGGAGUGGACACCAGCCCGGCUCUGCAGGCCCCGUCCUGGGAGUGGACACCAGCCCGGCUCUGCAGGCCCCGUCCUGGGAGUGGACACCAGGCCCUGUCCUGGGAGCGGACACCAGCCCGGCUCUGCAGGCCCCGACCUGGAAGUGGACACCAGCCCGGCUCUGCAGGCCCCGUCCUGGGAGCGGACACCAGCCCGGCUCUGCAGGCCCCGUCCUGGGAGCGGACACCAGCCCGGCUCUGCAGGCCCCGUCCUGGGAGCGGACACCAGCCCGGCUCUGCAGGCCCCGUCCUGGGAGCGGACACCAGGCCCUGUCCUGGGAGCGGACACCAGCCCGGCUCUGCAGGCCCCGACCUGGGAGUGGACACCAGCCCGGCUCUGCAGGCCCCGUCCUGGGAGUGGACACCAGCCCGGCUCUGCAGGCCCCGUCCUGGGAGUGGACACCAGGCCCUGUCCUGGGAGCGGACACCAGGCCCCGUCCAGGGAGUGGACACCAGCCCGGCUCUGCAGGCCCCGUCCUGGGAGUGGACACCAGCCUGA